GGAAAGCUUGUAGCCAGUUAGUCCUUACUCCUCCAAUGACAAGCUAAAACACCUAUUACUCCUACUUCGACCUGUGGGAAUCCCGACGAAAUUUUGGAUUUACCUAAAACAUGGGAUUUGAGUUGGAUCGAUUUAAAGGGGCUGUGGACCCAGAUUUCAAAUGCAACUUGUGCAAUAAAGUUCUAGAAGACCCGCUUACUACUCCGUGUGGUCAUGUCUUCUGCGCUGGAUGUGUGCUGCCUUGGGUUGUCCAGCAGAGCAGCUGUCCAGUGAAGUGUCAAAGGAUCUCUACGAAAGAGCUUAACCACGUUCUCCCUCUUAAAAAUCUGAUUUUGAAGCUGGACAUUAAGUGUGACAAUUAUGCAAGGGGUUGUGAAAAAGUAGUGAAGCUGCAAAAUUUGGCAGAGCACGCAGAGAUGUGUGAUUACUCGCCGGCCAAAUGCAGGAUUAAAGGAUGCAACGAAGUAUUGAACCUGAAGGACAUGGAUGCCCAUAUGCGCGAAACGUGUGAUUACAGACCAGUCGGGAUAUGCGAAAAUGGAUGUGGAUUGAUGCUCACCUAUAAAGAGCAAAAACUUAACCAUUGCUGUUUGAAAGCGCUCAAAGCCCACAACAGCACUUUACACGGAAAGGUGGUCAGUUUGGACAAAGAGUUCAAGAAGCAAUCUUUGAAAUCCAACAAGAGAGAGAAGUCACUUCUCGCGCAACUGUCUGCUGUCCACAACGAGCUACAAAUGACAGCAUUGAAAUAUCAAAAGAAAUUUACUGAAUAUAGUGCAAGGAUCGACUCGCUGACCAAGACUCUGGCUCCUCCGUGCAAGGGAGGGGAUACCAAAACCAUCACAGCAAUCCUCCACCGGGAGGGGGGGUCUCUUGGAUUCAACAUUAUAGGAGGAAGACCAUGUCCGGAUGACAAUGAUGGCACUUCAAAUGAAGGAAUCUUUGUAUCCAAGAUAGUGGACAGUGGGCCCUCGGACAAGGAAGGAGGCCUUCAGAUCCAUGACAGAAUAAUGGAGGUCAACGGGAAGGACCUGUCCAAAGCCACCCAUGACCAGGCGGUGGAGGCCUUCCGCACUGCCAAAGAUCCAAUCAUGGUUCAGGUGCUCCGCCGUGCCCCUCGCCCCAAACCUGCCAACCCCGGCCCCGACACCCAGGUGGUGGACAUCAGCACCCAGACGGACAUCACCUUCCAGCACAUCAUGGCCCUCACCAAGCUGCCGGCCUCCAGCCCCACCAUGGCUGUGCUGGAGCAGUACCUGCUGCCGGAGGAGCACCCCCCAGGCCAUGCAUACUUCGACCCCAAUGUUUUCCUGGAGGGCAUACAGCAGGAGAUGGAGCGCGAGGAGCUGGAAUACGAGGAAGUGGAUUUGUACAGAGCCAACAUCCAGGACAAGCUUGGCCUGACCGUCUGCUACAGAACUGAUGAUGAGGACGAGACUGGCAUCUAUGUCAGUGAGAUUGAUCCAAACAGCAUUGCUGCCCAAGAUGGCCGGAUCAGAGAGGGGGACAGGAUUAUCCAGAUCAAUGGCAUAGAGAUCCAGAACCGUGAGGAUGCAGUAGCUCUGCUGACCAGUGAGGAGAACCAGAACGUCUGUCUCCUGGUGGCCAGGCCUGAGAUCCAGCUGGAUGAGGGCUGGAUGGACGACGACAGGAACGACUUCCUGGACGACCUUCACAUGGACAUGCUGGAGCAGCAGCACCACCAGGCCAUGCAGUUCACCGCCAGCAUGCUGCAGCAGAAGAAGCGCGAGGAGGACGGUGGGACGACGGACACGGCCACGCUGCUCUCCACGCACCACGAGAAGGACAGCGGCGUCGGCCGCACCGACGAGAGCACGCGCAACGACGAGAGCUCCGAGCAGGAGAACAUGGGCGACGACCAGACCACCGCCUCCAACACGCUGGGCAGCAGCCGCAGGAAGCUGGCCUACAGCCAGGACACCCUGGGCAGCGCCGACCUGCCCUUGAGCGGCGAGUCCUUCAUCUCCGCAGACUACGCCGACGUCGACUUCCUGGGCAUCCCCGCCGACGAGUGCGAGCGCUUCCGGGAGCUGCUGGAGCUGAAGUGCCAGGUGCGGAGCGCGGCCGGGCCGGGCCUGUACUGCCAGGGCGGGGGGGGGGCCUCCGAGCAGGAGGGCGUGGACAAGGAGCUGGAGCUGCUGAACGAAGAGCUGCGCAGCAUCGAGCUGGAGUGCCUGAACAUCGUCCGCGCCCACAAGAUGCAGCAGCUGAGGGAGCAGUACCGCGAGUCGUGGAUGCUCCACAACAGCGGCUUCCGCAACUACAACACGAGCAUCGACGCGCGCCGCCACGAGCUCUCUGACAUCACUGAACUGCCGGAGAAGUCGGACAAGGACAGCUCGAGCGCCUACAACACCGGGGAGAGCUGCCGCAGCACACCUCUCACCCUGGAGCUGUCUCCGGACAACUCUCUACGCCGUGGAGAUCCAAACCAAGAGGAGGCCGGGGCUUCGGGCACUGCUGGCCUCAACAUGAGGAUCCCCAAGCCCCUGCUCUCUCCUGUCCAGGAGGCUGGAGGCGCCGUGAGAGGCAGGGCCUCUUCCUCGAAGGAGGCAGAGGGAGACCUGCAGCCAGACGGGAAAGAGCAGAACGUGCUGGGAGAGCCAAGCAAGCCUGGGAGGAGCUCGAUGUUAGGGCAGAACCACUCCCCAUACAAACAUGCCCACAUUCCCGCUCACGCACAGCACUACCAGAGCUACAUGCAGCUGAUCCAGCAGAAGUCCGCGGUGGAGUACGCCCAGAGUCAGAUGAGCCUGGUGAGCAUGUGCCGUGACCCAGUGAGCCCUGGGGAUCUGGAGGCCAAGAUGGAGUGGAAGGUGAAGAUCCGCAGCGACGGCACGCGCUACAUCACCAAGCGGCCUGUGAGGGACAAGCUGCUGAAAGAGCGUGCCCUGCGCAUCCGGGAGGAGCGCAGCGGCAUGACCACGGACGACGAUGCCAUCAGCGAGCUGAAGAUGGGCCGCUACUGGAGCAAGGAGGAGCGCAAGCAGCACGCGGUGCGCGCCAAGGAGCAGAGGCAGCGGCGGGAGUUCAUGAAGCAGAGCCGAGCUGACUGUCUGAAGGAUCAGGCGAGCCAGGAUGACAAGAAGGAGCCCAACAUCAUCGAACUGAGCCACAAAAAGAUGAAUAAAAAGAGGAACAAGAAAAUAUUUGACAACUGGAUGACCAUUCAGGAACUGCUGACCCACGGCACUAAGUCUCCAGAUGGCACGCGAGUGUACAACUCUCUGCUAUCAGUGACCACGGUUUAGAAGCCAGGAACACUGGCCCAGGAAUGUAAUGUACUGUAAAUAGGACACUACCAUUUGGGGUAGAGAUUCCUGCCUCGUUCAAUGUGGCAACAUUUUGUAAAUAGGAAAUAGGAAAAGCCUUUUCUGAAGGAACUUUUGACCAAAGUGGUCUAGAGGUGCUCCACAGAGUGUUCCAAGGAUGUACUUAGAAGAUGAAUCUGACAGGACAGAUUUGAAAAUGCUUUCAAUAACCUUUCUAUCUUUGUGCUUGCUAUUUUGAAUAAUAUUGGGUAAUCUGUCUCUCAAUAUUUGGGUCUUUGAAAGGUUUUGUAAGUGUGUAAAGACUGUGUGCCAUAAGUAAACAGCCGACAUUUACAUAUUUUGUUUUGUUUUUAACAAGUUUUUUAUAAUCAGUAUUUUACUGUUAUACAUGACUUAUGCAUAUUGAAAGAAAAUAAUAAUAUUUACCUUCAAGGUCAAAGCAUUAUCCUUUUUGAGAGGGCUUUUGUAAUUUAACCAAACAUUAUAUUAUUGUAAACAAACAGUUUUUAGUUUGAAGAUAUCAAAGGCGGCUGUAUUCUUAACGUUAUCAACAGUAUCAUCCAGCAACAUGCCAUCUGUUACAUACUGUAGACUACCAUCAUUAAGUGAUAUCAUUGUAUAUGUACAGUUAGAGGAGGAAUCUUUCUGUGUUGUUGUUGAAGCACAUUGUAGUCUCCUUGCCUUAGUAGGACUCCAUGUAUUAAGAGAAAAUAACACAUCUUAAAAUCCAUAGUAGUCUACACAAUUCGAUGUCUUGUAAAAUGAGAGAAAUAAUAAAUUAUUGUUUUAUAUUUGA